AUGGCGGCCGCUAUUGAACGAGUCCUGUCAAGGGCUGUGAACAAACCCUAUCGCACGAAAGAUCUCGAUCUCACGAGCCCUCCGCAGCUGAACGCAUCGGGCCAUAUCGAAUUUGCCCCGGGCGACAUCGAAAACCCCAAGAACUGGAGCACAGGUCGUCGCACUGCGGUCACGGUAGCCUCUGUCAUACUCGUGAUGAACGCAACGAUGGCAUCCUCAUCCCCUAGCGGUUGUAUUCAAUCCAUCUCCGAACACUUCAACGUCUCUGCCGAAGCCGCUGGUCUCACAAUCACCUUGUUCUUGCUGGGUUACUGCGCCGGGCCCCUGGUUUUUGCCCCCCUUAGUGAAUUCUACGGCCGCCGGUGGAUUUUCUACAUUACAUUCUCUCUGUACCUGAUUUUCAACUUCCUCUGUGCUUUUGCGCCAAACUUCGGUGCCCUUCUCGUUGGGCGAUUUCUCACUGGCACAUUUGUAUCAGCACCAUUGUCCAAUGCCCCAGGUGUCCUGGCAGAUGUGUGGAACCCUUUGGAAAGGGGAAACGCAAUGGCUGGCUUCUCCACCUUGGUCUAUGUCGGCCCUGCCCUCGGCCCUGUUGUGGCAGGAUUUCUCCAGCUGACAAAGGAUUGGCGAUGGAGUUUUUAUGUCCUUCUUUGGCUCGGCGCUGCGAGCGGCUUGCUCAUGCUUACUAUCCCCGAGACGUAUGCGCCUGUUAUCCUGGCUAAAAAGGCUCAGAGGAUCAGGGCUGAAAAAAUUCCUGGCUACGAGAACGUGAGAGCUCCGCUCGAGGAUGACCAACGGACACUCGCGAGUGUGUACAAAGUUGCCCUCACCCGACCCUGGAUUAUCCUAUUCGAUCCGAUAUCGUUCCUCUGUGCUAUUUACAUGGCAGUCGUAUACACCCUAUUGUACAUGUUGUUCACUAUCUACCCCAUUGUCUUCCAAGAAAAGAGAGGUUGGAACUCUGGAGUGGGAGAACUCCCUCUGACCGGCACGGUUGUGGGUGCCGCCCUCGGUGGUCUCAUAGUUCUUUAUGAUACACGCCACCGCCAAAAGAGAAUCGAUCGUGGUGAGAUUAAAAUGGAAGACAUGGAACCUGAAGAGCGACUGGGACUAGCAAUGAUUGGAGGCGUUGCUUUUCCCAUUACUAUGUUCUGGUUUGCUUGGACAGCAAAUUUCGAUUCAAUCCACUGGAUCGUCCCUACAAUUGCCGGCUCAGUUCUUGCUGGCUCAUUGCUACUUAUAUUCGUUGCUUAUCUCAAUUAUCUUGUUGAUACAUAUCUUAUGUAUGCCGCAUCAGCUGUGGCUGCAAAUACCAUCAUGAGGUCGGCCUGCGGAGCAGCGGCACCUCUCUUCACCAAACAGAUGUUUGAUGCCCUCGGUGUUGGAGGCGGCGGCAGUCUCAUCGGUGGAGUUGCUACUCUUCUAGCUAUCAUCCCGUUUACCUUCUACAAGUACGGAAAAGCGAUCCGAGCCCGCAGCAGGUUCGCGCCUACAAAGGUGAAGAAAGAAAUGGUCCAGCGCGACGAGGAGGCUGUGAGGCCCGAUGACGGAGUAUUGAACGGCGACGGAGGUUCUACAACGGAGAACGGAGGCGACCCGAGUGUUAGGAUGAAGGACGAGACAGCAUAA